CACUGUUGCUAACCUCACGUUUUCGCUUAACGUUGGUUCAGACAGCGUACUUUGCAUCAACGAUGAGGAUAUAAAUCGUUUUCCUAUAUAUAAUUAGGCUGCGUUUUAUUAUGCAAUAUGCACUUUAAUAUUUUGCAUCCAUAUCUUGAGUAUAUGUUUUAAACGUAAUUGCCAAAUAGCUUUAUUAAACUAUUUGGGCGCUAGCUUUAGCGGAUAGCUUUCUGAUGAAUCUGAUGUUUUUAGUACGAGUUCAUCACAGCCCCAUCUACAAAAAGGAGGUCUUUCACCAGCCUGCUGUCUGAUGGAAGGGAGAAGAUGCUUACUUUUGUCUGUAUCCUCCUGACAGGUCUGUCGUGUGCCCUGCGUGAUGGAGUUAUGGGUUUUGGUAAGCACGGGGACUAGAGAGGUGCGGCUAGUUAAUGGUGAUAAAUGCUCUGGUCGUGUGGAGGUGCUGCGUAAUAACCAAUGGGGGACAGUUUGUGACCAUGGCUGGGACUUCAGAGACGCCCAUGUGGUGUGCCUGCAGCUAGGCUGUGGGUUUGCAGAGUACCCCGCUCAGGGACCAACCUAUGGGCCUGGCUCUGGGGAGAUCUGGCUCAGGCAUGUCCAGUGUACAGGACAUGAAUCAAGUCUGGAUCACUGCUCUGUUGUCCUCAGCAGUAGCUUCCCAUGCACCCACCAGAACGACGCAGGGGUCAAAUGCUCAGGAUCUCUUUAUAUGCCCACUCUCACGCUGCUUUCGCCCCACACCGUGUUCUCCUCUGGAGAGUCUGUGCGCUUCAGCUGCCAUGUUUUGGUGGGACAGUCCCAAGUCAGUGAUUUCUACCUUUAUAAAGAAGGGGUGCAGACCCCACUGGUGACUCAGAGAGUGGAUCAGGGCCAGUCCCGGGUGGAGCUGACCCUUUUGGAUGUGGAGACGUUUCAGCAGGGUAGCUACAGCUGUCGCUAUAGUAUCAUAUUCAACUUCCCACUGCAGCGCUCCCCGCCCAGUAACUCCAUCAACAUCACAGUAGGUGAGGCUGUGUGUGAAUGAAUAUUGUUGUGCAUCAUUUAAAUAGUUCUUUUCACAAAAGAAUGAACCUAACCCACUUGCUGCCUGUUUGUACAUGUUUGUUGUGUUUGACACACAGAUGGUUGUGGUGAACUGCUCCCCGGGGUUUUUCUGUUUUUAACAGUUUUUCUUUACAUCCCAAGAUUGUAUUGUGUACUAUUUUUGCAUAUGUGUGCACUGACGGCUGUUUUCCUUGUCUAGUCAUUAACUGUG